CGACUCAUAAACUCAGUCAUACGCACACGGCACCAAUGAUUGGGCACUGGAAUACAUCUACAACGAACCAAGGAUACCCCCACCCCCUCUAUAGCUUUGUGUGCUCGUGUACGUCUGGUACAGCGUCACGUGCAGAGAGUAGGUCACGUGAGGGCGAUUCGCUGCGCAGUAGAGGCCAGCUGAUCAAAAGGUCUGACGCUUUGUCAUACGUCGGUUAUAUAUAAAGGCUCAACGUUGUUCGUGGCAUUCAGUUCACAGAUCCUGUUCUUGGGAAUUGUAUGUGCGCACAGCGGAGUUGUGAUUUGUUUCUGGUACAUCUGCUUUGUUUUUGUGCGUUUAAAAAGGGUAACAACACAAUAGAACAAUGAGCAGGCGGAGUAUUAUUUUUCUUUUAGCAUUGGUUUGUGCUAGUCAAGCUGUUUCAUUUUUUGAUUUAGUUAUUGAAGAAUGGAAUACAUUUAAGGUCCAACAUAAAAAGAAGUAUGAUAGCAGUACGGAAGAAAAAUUCCGAAUGAAAAUAUUCAUGGAAAAUCGUAAAAAGAUUGCCAAGCACAAUGCUAGGUUUGAGCAGGGGGAAGUUAGUUUCAAGUUGGCCUUAAACGAAUAUGGAGACAUGCUUCAUUAUGAAUUUGCCGACAUGAUGAAUGGAUUCAAUCGUACAAAGAAUAAGAAGAAUUAUGAUCUCCACAAGCCUCUUGGAGCUACAUUUAUUAGCCCAGCAAAUGUUGAAUUGCCUGAUAAAGUUGAUUGGCGAGAUCUGGGGGCUGUGACUGAAGUGAAAAAUCAAGGUUCCUGUGGAUCAUGUUGGUCCUUUAGUGCUACUGGGUCUCUUGAAGGACAACACUUCCGAAAAACAGGUGUUCUUACUUCCCUCAGUGAACAGAAUUUGAUUGAUUGUUCAGCGAAAUAUGGAAAUGAUGGUUGUAAUGGAGGAAUGAUGGACUUCGCUUUCCAGUAUAUUAGAGACAAUGGAGGAAUCGAUACUGAAGCAUCAUACCCAUAUGAAGCAGAGGAUGAUCAGUGCCGCUAUACACCUGCUGCUUCUGGUGCUACUGACUCCGGUUUUGUGGAUGUACCUAGAGGUAGUGAAAGGAGGUUGAUGGAGGCUGUGGCUACUAUUGGACCAAUCUCUGUGGCUAUUGAUGCAGGUCACGAGUCUUUUCAAUUUUAUCAAAGUGGUGUGUACUUUGAACCUCAGUGCAGUAAUGAAACUUUGGAUCAUGGAGUAUUGGUUGUGGGUUAUGGAACCACUGAUGACGGUUCUGACUACUGGCUCAUUAAAAAUUCUUGGGGCACAACUUGGGGAGAAGGAGGAUAUAUCAAAAUGACUCGUAACAAAGAUAAUCAUUGUGGAGUUGCAACUCAAGCUAGUUAUCCUUUGGUUUAAGGUGAAAGGCUGUGGAAACAUCGGAGAUUUGUGUAUAAAUGUGCCCAUGUGUGUGUAAGAAUGAGAUAUUUGAUGUACAUAGGUUUGAAUGAUUUCAUGACAUUUCUUAUGAUUUGUAACUUUCUGUGUUACUUCAUAAUAUUGUCAUAAUUUUGUACAUUGCCAUUUCCAAAAGUAUUAAUCUUAUUUGUCAUUUCCAAAUUUCUUUCAUUUUACAAGGCUAAGUAAAUCGUAAUGAAUUGCUUUGUUGUAAUAAAGUAUU